CUGGCUGCUGUCAGAGAGGAAGAUGUGGAUUGCUGUAGCAGGCUGAGUGUUUCGUUGCUGGCUACAGCUGUCAGGUUUAAGGGAGGCUGUGGUGGAUUAUGAGCUCCAGUAAGACUCCACGCUACAAUCGUUUCUCAGGAGGAGCCGCCGCAGCCACCACCAGCGUUCCCACUGCAGACAGCGCCAACGGGACAAGAAUGGAGACUACUUUUGGAUCUGCAUAUGCAACAGUGGCCACUGUUACUAAAGGAGACGCAGCCAGUAAUUACAAGCAACAUCGUCGGACACCCUCCUCAUCCAGCACCAUGACAUAUUCCCCACGAGACGAGGAUGACAGCAUGCCCCCCAUCAGCACCCCCCGCCGCUCUGACUCCGCCAUCUCCGUGCGCUCCCUGCACUCCGAGUCCAACAUGUCCUUGCGCUCCACUUUCUCUCUGCACGAGGAGGAAGAGGACACGGAGCCUCAGGUGUUUGCAGAGCAGCCCUCAGUCAAGCUGUGCUGCCAGCUCUGCUGCAGCGUGUUCAAAGACCCUGUCAUCACCACCUGUGGGCAUACCUUCUGCAGACGAUGCGCCUUGACCUCAGAGAAGUGCCCAGUGGACAAUGCCAAGCUCACUGUGGUGGUGAAUAACAUCGCCGUGGCGGAGCAGAUUGGUGAGCUCCUCAUCUACUGCAAGUACGGCUGCAAGCCAGCCGCCUCCGGCAAGCCCAGCGCCUUCGAGGUGGACCAGAAGGGCUGCCCCUUCACCAUCAAACUCAGCGCCAGGAAAGAUCACGAGGGGAGCUGUAACUACCGGCCCGUGCGUUGCCCCAACAACCCCAGCUGCCCCCCGCUGCUCACCAUGAACCUGGAGGCUCACCUGAAAGAGUGCGAGCACAUCAAGUGCCCCCACUCCAAAUACGGGUGCACCUUCAUCGGGAACCAGGACACGUACGAGACCCACCUGGAAGUGUGCAAGUUCGAGGGGCUGAAGGAGUUCCUGCAGCAGACGGACGACCGCUUCCACGAGAUGCAGGUGGCACUGGCGCAGAAGGACCAGGAUAUCGCUUUCCUGCGCUCGAUGCUGGGCAAACUGUCUGAGAAACUGGACCAGCUGGAGAAGAACUUGGAGCUCAAGUUCGAUGUCUUGGAUGAGAACCAGAGCAAGUUGAGCGAAGACCUGAUGGAGUUCCGUAGAGACGCCUCCAUGCUCAAUGAUGAGCUGUCUCACAUCAACGCCAGGCUCAACAUGGGAAUCCUGGGCUCCUACGACCCCCAGCAGAUAUUCAAGUGCAAGGGUACCUUUGUGGGCCAUCAGGGGCCGGUGUGGUGUCUGUGCGUCUUUUCCACUGGUGACUUGCUCUUCAGCGGCUCCUCGGACAAAACCAUCAAGGUCUGGGACACCUGCACCACCUACAAGUGCCAGAAGACUUUGGAGGGUCAUGACGGCAUCGUGCUGGCUCUGUGCAUUCAGGGGAACAAGCUGUACAGUGGCUCAGCCGACUGCACUAUCAUUGUUUGGGAUAUUCAGACACUACAGAAAGUGAACACUAUCCGGGCUCACGACAACCCCGUCUGCACGCUGGUGUCUUCACACAACAUGCUCUUCAGUGGCUCUCUCAAAGCCAUUAAGGUGUGGGACAUCGUGGGCACGGAGCUCAAACUCAAGAAGGAGCUGACGGGACUGAACCACUGGGUUCGGGCUCUUGUUGCCUCACAGAACCACUUGUACAGCGGCUCUUACCAGACCAUUAAGAUCUGGGAUAUCCGCUCUCUGGAGUGUGUUCAUGUGCUGCAGACCUCUGGUGGCAGUGUGUACUCCAUCGCGGUUACCAACCACCACAUCGUUUGUGGCACCUAUGAGAACCUCAUCCAUGUGUGGGACAUCGAGUCCAAGGAGCAGGUGCGAACACUGACGGGCCACGUGGGCACGGUGUACGCCCUGGCUGUCAUCUCCACACCAGACCAGACCAAAGUGUUCAGUGCCUCGUACGACCGCUCGCUCAGGGUGUGGAGUAUGGACAACAUGAUCUGCACCCAGACCCUGUUGCGGCAUCAAGGUAGUGUCACAGCGCUGGCCGUGUCACGAGGGCGCCUCUUCUCCGGAGCCGUCGACAGCACUGUCAAGGUGUGGACCUGCUAAGGUGAUAAGGUGCUCCCUUUGGCCGGGGUGCAGUCAGGAAACUUAAGACGACAGAGGACACGGUUUAAUGUGACUGCUUUCAUAAUUAUGGUAAUAAUGGUAACAAAUCGACAAUGCCAAGCUUGAUAAGGUUGCCUCAUUUUCUUUUUUUAAAAAACACGGUUUAAUUAUGCUUGGUUGAUUGAAUUGUGAUUCUUCAGCCACUAUGGGGGCGAUUGUUUUUAAAUGCAAACUCUUGACAGUCAGUGCAGUGAAGGCACAAAAACCCCUAAAGGCCUUUCACGCUAACACCGCCUUGGACACAGACUGCCUCUCUCACCCACUCUGAGUGCCAUGACUGUUGGAGUCCUGUGGAAGGGCACCCCUCGUUGUACAAGCUGUAUUUGUACGCCGGGGACAGAGAGCUGCAAGAUUGAAAUAUCUGCCUUAUCUGAGCAUGCAUACGAGCAGCGCUGGCACCACCUCUGGAUUCACAGAAGACUCCUCCCCCUUCCAAUGACACAACCACGUCUGAGUGGGUGCCUCUGGCCCUUCCAAAGUCAAACCCAUCCCCCCUUUGAAGCUUAGAUGUAUGGAGGGAAAAGAAGAUGCUGUGUCUACAUUCCCCCUUUGAAACAGGACUGUUUAUGUUUUAAGAAGGGGGGGGGGGGUGUCUGACACUGCAAAAGAGAGAGCAAUGAACUGUAUGCUUGUAAAUGACUACUUAAAUUCAGAUGUAAAAGAAAACAGUGCUGGAACGGUUUUUUCAAAAGCUUUGUUCUGUGCUUUGACGCCAGAAGUCCCCUGCAGUUGGCAGUUCCUGAACUUGUGCUAAAACAAUCUAGCCCCUCUUUGUAGUGAGGAGGCCUCAGUGUUUUCGGGGAUAUCCUGCAGUCCGAGUUUGCCAAGCUGAGGGAAGUGUUCCUGGGGGGGGGGCGUUGCUCCUGGCUAUCCAUGGUGACCCGAUUCAUCGAUACACCUGCAUAAAGGCACCACGACCCUGAUCCAGUUUUUUUAAAAAGUGCUUGACUUUUUACGCUUUCUAGAGGCUGCGUCACCUUUUCCCCAGGGUGGAAAGAAAAUCCGCUCACAGAUUAUCCACACGGAAGCUGAACUGCCACUGUGGAGCAAAAGUGUCUUGUGUCCAUUUCACAUACUCGGUUUAGUGAACAACCUGCGAAACGCUGCUUUAAUGUGAUUGCCGAAGCAUUUUUAAACUGAAAGUGCUGCUGUCUAUUUUAGAUAGGCCUUUUUUUUAUAACACGUGUAAAAUAGUCAUGUAAACUAUAUUUUUAACCCCACGGUAUGCUUCAUGCGGUGUUUCCUUACAAAGGGGUCAAUUUAAUUUUCUACUGUAGGCCUGGCCCACGUUCCAGAAUUCUGGCCGUGCCGCUCAGUAGGCCCUGGUCAGCACCUGAGCAGAGCUUAAUGUUCAUUAGAUUUUAAUUAGCAGCUUUCUGCUCAUGGGCAGUUCUUAAAAGCAUAGUCAUGACAGCAAGUAAUACAUUCAAAGCGUGCUUUAAAAGUAGUACAUGAAGUGUUAAUUAACUUGGCCUCUGAGAUCAACAGAACUCUUUUGUGAGGGUACACUGCAGUGUGUAUUUGCAGUGCCAAUGGUGUGAUGAUCAAGCACAUGUGUAAUUUCAGGCUUUUACCCUAGCUCUGUGGAGAACUGAAGUUAAAAGGUACGAUUUUUGGGGAGGGAAGGGCAAAAAUAUUUUUCCCACAGCAAUGAUGUACAUGCUCACUUGUAUACAUUAUGUUAAGCUUGAUUUUACCAUUAAAGCAGUGUACACUUUUGGUAGCUCUGGAUGUUGGUUUCUUCCACGUGAACACACUGGUGGUAUGAACCAAAAAAAAGGAAAAUCACACGUGGGUAACACAGUCACUGAACACAGUUGUUCAGCCUCUCUGCCCUUCAGUCUCUUCUGUCCUCCAGUCAGGACCAACGUUGGCAGAAAUUAGCUCAUUUCAGUUG